CAGGUCUCAUCUGCAUUUUUGUGUAGUACGAAAAGCCUAAUCAGUUCUCAUGGAUGAUCUUGAGAAAGAGUCUGUGUUAGAAACUGUUACCCCAGGGGAAGUCCGGAAGGUGUGUGUUCUUCUGGAGGGGUCAGGUGCACAGAAAGAAAAUGGACACCAAGCUAAGAAAUUUAUGGGAGACGAAGAGGAGCUGAGUAAGAAGCAUCCUAAAUGGAAAGUAGUCUUCUUAAUCGCCUACUCUGGGAAAGGCUACCAUGGCAUGCAGAGAAAUGUGGGUACCUCCCAGUUCAAGACCAUAGAGGAUGAACUUGUUCAAGCAUUGGUUUUAUCAGAAUGUAUUCCUGACAAUCAUGCAGAAGACAUGAAGAAGAUGUCUUUUCAGCGUUGUGCUCGUACAGAUAAGGGGGUUUCUGCUGCUGGGCAAGUUGUAUCGCUAAAGAUUUGGUUGAUAGACAAUGUAGUUGAAAAGAUCAAUGAAAAUCUGCCCUCUCAUAUCAGGAUACUUGUAGGAGCAAUGCCUGGAAUCAGUGAUGAAGAAGAAGAAUCGGAUUGAUUUCAGUUUGGCUUUUUUUGUUUUAAGAAGCUGGAGAUGCUCAAGGAGUCAAAGCUGCUGUUACUUUUACUAUUACUACUAUUACUACUAUUUACUAUAUUGUCUGCUUGACGUGCAUUAACAAUACUGUGUGAUUUGUCUGCACAGCAUUUCCACACUGAUGAGAGGAUGACAUUUUUUUUACAUUGAUUUUAUGUCAUUCAAACUUUUUUUUUUUUAAGCUUUUUAUACGUCUCAUGGACAUACAGAAGGAAUGUUUGUCAAUAUUUUAUAUAUUUUAUUGUAUUGGCUUGGAAGUAAAAAAUAGUAUAGCUUUUCAUAAACAAAAAGGUAAAAUAUUAUGCAAUAAAGAUAAUUCUACUUUAA